CUAUCCACAUCCGGUAAACAUGGCAACGAGCGGCAGGCAGCAGUUGCUGUUUCAAGACGUUUUUAGAGGCCGAGAUAAGGGUUUUAAAGGAUAUCUGACGGCCGAAGAAUUGUGGAAUCUGUACGGUGAGCUGAGAACGGGAGAGUUGAGUUUACAACAAGUUGUAGCUUCAAUAGAGUUUAUAUGUGCUGGUAAUACAUGCGAUCCGGACGAAUUUCUGGAUUGUUUGAAGGAAAUGGAUCGUCGGUAUGCUCUUGUUCAAGAUCUUCGUUGGGAGUUUUGUUUGCUUGCUAACAAUGGAGAGACAAUAUCAGAAUCUCAAGCACUCUUUCUAAUGAAAGCUGUUCACAAUGAGCUGUUUUCUCAGAAACGUUGGGAUCAAUUUGUUUCUAAACGAAUAAGAACAGGCGGAUGGGGAGUUACUUUUGAUGAAAUUGAGGUGGAGCUUUGUAACAUUCCAGACAGAGAGUUUAUUGAGUGGGAGAAGGAGAUGGAGCGCAAAGCAAGAGAAGAAGCUGCUCAGCGUGAAGAGGAAGAAAGAAAGAGAAAAGAACGAGAAGAAGAAGAGAAAAGAAGAAAGGAAGAGGAAAGGUUGAGGAAACUGAAGGAAGAACAGAUAAGGAAAGAAGAGGAAGCAAAGAAACGAAGACAAAAAGAAGAACUGGAACAGAGGAAACAAGAGGACGCAGCACGAAGAGAGCAAGAGGAAAGAGAAAGAAAAGAGGCAGAAGAAAGACGAGCAAAGGAAGAGGAGGAAAUGAAACAGAAACAGCAGAAAGAAGAAGAGGAACGAUUAAGACAAGAAGAAGAAGCUCAUCUAGCUGAUGAACAGGCUGCUGAGGAUGAACGACGAAAAGCAGAGGAAGAACAAAAGCAGAGGGAAGAAGAAGAAAGAGAAAAACUGGAGCAGCAGAAACGGCUGGAGGAGCAAAGAAAACUCGAGGAGCAGCAAAGGAAGGAAGAAGAAGAAGCAAGACAUGCUGAAAGUUUAGCAGAAGCUGCUGCUAAGGCAGAAGCUGCUGCUGCAGAGGAAGUUGCUCGUGCUGCCGAAGAAGCAGCAAAGGCAGAAACUGAAGAAGAGAAGCGUAAAGCCAAAGAAGUAGAAUUAGCAGCAAAGAAGAGACUACGUGUAGAGAAAGCCAAGAAGAUAAACCACAACUUGGAAGGUGCCAUUAAAUCAAGAAAGAUUGAACGACUGGAACCUGCUAUCAAAGAAGCUGAGAAAGGCAAAGAAGAUCAACUGGAAGAAUUGAAUGAGAAGAAGCUUGAAGAAGCAAAGAAAUUACUUGAACAGUUACAAACAGCCAAGAACUUGAACAACGCAGUAGGACGGAGAAAAAUUGAUGCUUUGGAGGAUGCAAUGAAGGCAGUGAAACGUGCAGGAUAUGAGGUGGAGUUGGCUAGAGAAAUGACUGAAGCUAGUGUUUUGCUGACGAAGCUGAAGAGAUUGGAACAACUGAAGAAGGAGGUUCUCAAUCUUGAUGGUCGAACUAUUGCAGAGCUUAAGAGUUACUCCAAUCCUCCAAAAGCAGUUCACGAUGUGAUGAUUGCGACAUUUCUUGUGUUGGGUCAUCCAGAGAAAGUGACACGGAAAUGGCCUUCAGUACAAGCUUUAAUCGGGAAGACGGGAAAAGAAAGUCUGAAGAGACGAGUCGGUGAGUGUGAAGCAGACAAAAUUAAACCGGAAGUUUGCUCUCGAAUUGAAGAUCUUCUCAAGCAAUAUGAUUUGCAACGUGUAACAGAAGUGAGUAGAGGAGCAGCUGUUUUCUACGUUUGGGUGCUUGGAAUGGUAGAGGAAACGAAAGCAAUAACUACAUGAGUCUAGAACGUGACGAUUUGUAGCUAGUAGAAAUUGACUAUCAAGAUUGCUGCUUACUGUGACUAUUCAAUCAACUUAAUUAAUUAACUUGAUGUAUCCACAACCCAUAGGUUGACAAGCCACUGGCUGAUAGAUUUUGUUUAAUUAAUUAGUUACAUAUAUUUAUAAUUUGAAAUUAACAUCUUACCGGUAGUUAUAAUUAUCUAAGCAAACAAUUACUGA